AUGCCCAAGUUCUUUUGCGACUACUGCGAUGUCUACCUCACGCACGACUCCAUGUCGGUGCGCAAGGCCCACAACAGCGGCCGAAACCAUCUGCGCAACGUCGUAGACUAUUAUCAGCAAAUCGGCCAUGAAAAGGCCCAGUCCGUCAUCGACUCCAUUACUUCUUCGUACGCUGCCGAGGGCCAGGCCCAUGCGAACCCGAUGCUUCUUCAGAACCAGCCAGGCCAGGGAUUUCCGGCCUUUGGCUUCCCUGGUGGCAUUCCUCCGCCAUUCCCCGGUAUGCCUGGAGCUCCUCCCGGCCAGUUCCCGCAAGGUCUCCCACCACCCCCCGGCGGUCGCGGCAUGCCCCCCAUGCCCCCUUUCCCUCCUGGCCCCAACGGAAUGCCCCCGAUGCCUCCCAACGGCCUCCCCUUCCCUCCACCCGGCGGCCUUCCCUUCCCUCCUCUAGGCGCACCUGGAGGCCCUGGUAUCCCUCCGCCAAACUUCCCCGGUAUGCCUGGCAUGCCUCCGCCUGGACAGCAUUCGUUUCCCCCGCCUGGAUUUCCCGCUGGUGGACCGCCUGCUCCUGGACAAGAGAGGCGGUGAUGGGCUGGGAUUGGAGUCGAUUGAUUCUUGUUAAGUCGAGAUGUUGAACGUAUGCUGGGAAUUGGGUUAAUAAUUGGCGCACGAGGCGUUUUUCUCUUUUGGCAUUCAAGCAUAUAAAUCAGUUCCAGUAGACCAAAGGAUGGAAAACAUCCAAAGUAUGACAAUACAU